UUGGUUGCGAGCUGGCCGGCGGGCUGCCUGACGCCCCCCCUCAACACACCACCGUGGCUGCCAACUCGGCCCCCCUGGCGGCCUACCCGCCCGCCCCAGAUAUGUCCCACAUGUCCUCCUACUACAACGCCUAUCCGGACUACCGGCCGCCCCACCCGCCCGAUGAAUACCCGGGCGCGCCGGGCGGCCAAGGCGGAGGCGGGGGCGGCGGGGGGCACUGCGGCCAGGAGUACGACCCCCGAAUGCCCCCGACGCACCCGUACUACACCCAGCAAGGCUACCCGCGCUACCCGCCCUACGACAGACUCAUGAACAAUUACUACAACGCGCAGACACCUCAGCACCCGCACACUCCGCACGGCAUGCAGCCACAUGACGCCCACGACUACCGCGACCCCUCGCCCGCCGCACCCACCUGCAUGGGUCAGCAGGCCUCCCCGCCCGUACAGCAGUAUCCCUCCUGCAAGAUGGCGGGGCAGGGGCCACCUCAGCAACCCCAGCAGCCACAGCAACAGCAGCCACAGCAACAGCCCCCGGGCAUGGACCCCAACGGCGGCCCUCCCCAAGACACCUCUCUCCAUAUGGCCGCGCAGGACCACCAAGGCUGGGCAACACAACAACAACAACAACCCCAGCAGCAACAAAAUGCAUCCUCGGCCCUCCCCUCUCCCCUAUACCCAUGGAUGAGAAGUCAGUUCGGCAUGUCAUCCAAUGAGCGAAAGCGAGGCCGACAGACCUACACACGGUACCAGACGCUCGAACUAGAGAAGGAGUUCCACUUCAACCGCUACCUGACGCGGCGACGGAGGAUAGAGAUCGCCCACGCCCUCUGCCUCACAGAGCGACAGAUCAAAAUCUGGUUCCAAAACCGGAGGAUGAAGUGGAAGAAAGAGAACAAGAGCAAAGUCGAGAACGGGAACCCCCUUUCAGAAACCCCGACCCCCACGUCCCCUACGCAGUGACCUAAGUGCUGUGGCUCGGGUUGCCAAAUAUUGACCUAGAAUGUCCUAGGGUGUGCAAAAGUGCCAGUGAAGAGUGUGUGGCCCAUUUUAUACUGGAUAAUUAAGUGCUAUUUUACAUAGUUUACGUAUAUGUACUCCGUAUGUACAGUGCAUCUCCAAAUAUUGGCAAAGUGUUUUACUGAAUAAACCAGUGACUCUGUGUAAGUCGUGACGACGUCCCGUUAAGACGCCAUAGUGUAAAGUGUAUUCUGUGUUUUAUUGGUGUUCAAGCCGGGAAACAGCCUAUCAGUGCCAGUACCAAAAAUUUUAAAAAUAAAUAAAAAAGGGGCUUCGGUAGCCGGGUGCAGCAGUGACGUGGCACUCUCCUAUUGGUGUAAGCUUUAUAUGCGUUAGCAGUGACGUCAAAUUCGUUGCCACCUUUACGACAAUACCGUCAACAGCGAAGACUACAAUCAUUCCAAGACCCAGAUGAGUAAACCGUUUUCUUUUCGGAAUAAACCACUUGACAAGCAACCUUCAACCUCCCCGCUCCCCCCACCAACCUGUCAGGCGCCAUACCCCCUCGCUAGCCACUACCAAAAACAUAAGGAGAGUCUAGCUGUUUGAACCUGAUGUAAUGUUUCCAGUUGCUUCUCCUACUCUGGUAUUGUUUGUAUAAAAUAAGAGUUUCGAUACAAAUGUUUCCCCACUAGGAACAACCCAGUAUAUCUUAUAUAUGCUAGAUUGUAGCGGAGGUGAAACUUAAGCUAGGUGUUAUUGACUACAACUACUGCUAGUAUACCACACAGGUUACAAAUGAUAAUCAGAAAGAUGGUCUCUCUUCCGAGGUGAUCCCUCUAUACAGAUGGACCAGCUAUGUAGAUGACUUUAAAGAUGAUGGUUCAACCGUAGAGAUGGAUUCUUGACGGUGUAGUUCCCUCUCGGGCAGUUGAAUCAUUAGUCCUUCUCGUGCAGAUGGCCCCUCUACAGAGAAGACGGCUCACAGACAACGAUGGCCCAUCUCAGUAGAUACCUUCUACAAGAAUGGUUCGUCAGUGGGGAUGUUCCCCUCUACGCAGAUGGCCCAUCUUCAGAGACGAUCCCUCGAUCCAGUUGGUCGCUCUCCGGGAGGAAUAGUUGUAUGGGCAAACCUGAAACCAGUCCAUAUCACAGAAAGUAUCCACAUCUCUCGUGCUCAAUGAUAUUUUGUAACUUUUGUUCCUUGUUUGGGUACGUCAUCCGUUGUUUAGUGUUGCUGCGUCUGCCUAGCGCCACCACUUGUUGCCCAUAUAAUGCUAUUCUGCCGACCGCGCGUUGAGGCUUGUGAAGGACGGGUACUAGGAGACUCAACUCUGGAAGGCUGCGGUGUUGAGAGGUCCAUAAGGAUCAUCUAUGAGGGAGAUGAGGAGUUACAGGGAAGAAACAUCCAUUGUCAGGACCAUCAUGAGGGACGUAGUAACUCAUUUGUUAGAGUGUUUGAAGGAUUUGAUGAUUAAUGGGUAUUGGUCACCAUCUUGAUGGAUAACGUCAGUAUUCAUUAUCAACACGUUCAACAUCCUCCUCCCCUUUCUUGUUACCUUAACACCCCCUUCUCCCUACUCCCCCUAUACUCUUUUUUAAUGCACCGUCCUUCUUAUUCCCCAGUAACUAUAUCAACAUCCUAGACACACCGUUUUCCCUCACAGGAAAACUUAGAUAACUCAUCCAUAUCCAUCCAGCAUGCUUUUCAACUUAGAUUUUAUUCAACAACUGUACCUUCCAAAGCUGAGUCUACAUAAUUUAUGUAGUUAGAAUGUAGAAUGAACCAGGUCUGGACGGUGGGGUUAUCCUUCUUGUUGUGGUUCAAGGGUAGAGAGAGCCGGCCUUCUUAGGUGGCAUUUGGGAGAAACUCAAAAUUGUGAACAAACUGAUAUAAAAAAAACCGCUUUAGAUAGAUCUCAGAAAAUUUACACUCUGUUUUAAUAUUACUUCUAGUUUUUAUCUUUAAAGAACUGCUUUCUGGUUGUCUUUUCUUAGACACUCCCAAAUGGUGCUUAAGAAAGCUCUUUGAGAUUGGACUCAGUAGGUAAAUACAAAGGCAGAGGGGAAUAGUGAAGUAAAGUUGCUGAUGAGGUGAUCUUAAUCGUUUGUUAAUUUCUUUACUUAACAUCCUCUUCACUGCUAAGGGAGUUUGUCCGUCUCUAAAACAUCCUGAUUCGAAUCCUCCUUAUUUUUUGAAGUUGCUAUUGAUAAAAGAAGAAAACCUUCACAAAAAAAGACAAGAAAAUCUGAAUAAGUAGAUUCUAUUCUUAAAAAACAAAAGAAUAACGGUUCUUUGUUUGUUUUUUUGUCCAGGAGGAGCCAAAAGCUAGACACUAAGCUUUACUGUGCAUGAAGUGAGAUGGUUCAGUUUCCCACUAGGAACACUAGAAGUUCUUAAUGCACAGAAUAUUUUACAGACGGGUGUUAGGUCCGUGCAAUAGGAUUUCCUUUUUUGUAAAAUAUAAGGCAGAGUAACUUAGGAUUAUUUUUAGGAAUGCUCCAGAUUGUUUUUUGUACAAUGAUGCAUAUUUUUUCUUCGAGUCUUAUGCUAAGUAACCAGAAGCAGAUGUCCUUCCUGAGUUGUUCUGCCAGCCCUCCAAGGAACAUGUCCUAAUUACCAAACCUUCUUGGAGAUUAUUAUCAUUAUUUUUAUUAUUAAUAUUAUUAUUGUAAUUGUUAUUAUUAUUAGUAUUGUCAUUAUUUUUAUUAUUAUUAUUAUUAUUUUAUUAUUAUUACUAUUAUUAUUAUUAACAUUAAUUAAUUUUUAUUAUUAUUAUUUUUCAUAAAUUAGGGAAUGCAGUUUUAAACGGUCUGAAGGGAAGGUCAGACCUUGUCCAACUACCAUUGGCUCAUACAAACAACAGCGCAAGUAUACUACUUAAUUAUAAAUGUGAAGAAAUUUUUAUAGGAUAUAUUUUUGCUAACGAAAUCUUCGCUUACCCUGCCUGUGUUAUGUGUACAGGGGGGGGGAGACUUUUCUAAAUUCAAAUUCGAUACUUUAGAAAUAAAGAGCUGUUAAUGUGUCUUGUCGCAACACGUAGAAGUCUGGAAUUUAAGAACCUUUGGAUUGUUUGUAUAACGACUGGUAGGAUUGGUAACUCGAUGUCUUGUUGUAGUGAAUGUAUUGACUUGGAGGAGAUUUGGGAAAACAAAUAACCGAGAGCAUGACAGAAGUAAAUUCAGGAAUUAGCUGCACGAACGGUGUAUCCUACUUGCACAUAUGUCACAAGAUCAACGAUUAUGACCCAAGCUUUCGGGUGUCAGCAAGGUUUGUUCUUCUAUCUUAUUACGACGGGGAAUAAUCCUUACUGAAGUACCCAUCUUCAGUCCACAAUCGCUGGUGUUGAAACAUCCCCAUGGUUUUAAGAAUGUUGCCAAAUUCGCUUUAAAAGUAAAUGUUGCAGAAAGCAAUCGAAUGACGCAACACCACCCCCCCCCCCAAACACUUUUGUACUCCCUUUCAUUUCCAUUAUUCAAGUUACUUCUCCCGUCAUACCACAUACAAAGCCAAUUCAUCAGCUAUUAAACAUAUUAGCUGCCAAGAUUAAGUACCCAAAGGCUAAUUUAUGACCACAGUGCAUUGCCAACAUAGUCCAGCAGCCAAACACGGAUAUACCUAAGUUUAGUAUGUGGAUCUCGUCAACUCUCUCUCUGUAAGUACUGCAGCUGCUAAUGUUAAUAAUAUUAAUAUUGUGACCCUCUAUUUCUCACUUCUGUCUUCAUAUGUAUUGAUCUUGGUAAUGUAGAGGUAGUGAGUGAUCUGUCUCUCGGUAUAGUACCUUGUGUGGAGAUGUUGUAAGUAAGGUCUAUAUGUUAGUGUAUUUACAGUUCAAGAGCGACUUUUAAAAGUGAACUGGGACAUAGGCCCUUCUUGCCACAAACUAUCGAAUGACAGCCAGCCGGUUGACCGCCGUGGGAAUUAUUAUUAAUUGUAAUUAUUUUAUAAUUAUUAUUUUAUUAUUAUUGUUCUAACUCUGUUCUGGUGUCAUAUGAUCCUAUUGAUUUUAAAUUAUGAAUGUCUCUUUCUUUCAAAGAUAUUUUUCCGGGGUUUUUCCCUCGUAGUAAUAAUAAAUGAAAUAAACUCAGUGUUACUUUCCCCAACUCCGUGUAUACGAGCCGUGUAUACUAUACUUAUCUUACCCAACCAACGAAAGCCUGUAGCCAGUGUAUUGACAUGUGUAGUCUUAUAUAGAAGUGUGACUGAAAUUUAGGUUUAAUCAAAGCCUAGAGUAUUAUACCAACAGUCGGGUAUCUUCAUACUUUACUGGACAAAGUGUUUAUUGUUACAGAAAUCUAUGGUAUACCCAAUCACUGUUGCUUUGUCAACUCAUUAGUUUUAAGUCUUAUACAAACACUUGAUGACGAUAUUGAUGCUUUCAUUUCAUUUUUUUUAUUUCUUCCAUCUCUCUCUCUAUCUAUCUAUCUCUCUCCUUUUUGCUUUACUCUCAAGAACUUUCUAUUUAAUUUAUUCGUUCCCAUGAAUCAAGAUGUAUUCCUACAUGUAUCCAUUAAAUAAGCUAAUAACCUAAAGUACAUACGGACUGUAUCCAUUUUAAAGCGUGGAACCUGAUGAGUCUCGUGCAACAGCCGUUUCUUGGAUUUUAGUGGAGCAAUUGUGUUGUACCCUGAUACUAGUUUUAAUAUUGAUAGGUGUUCUAUAUUUUGUAACCAUGUACACAAAGGUGAGGAGAUAUACGUAACUCUAUACCAAGCAGUAUCAGAACCAAAUAGACGCUUGUAAGUAAUGCAUAGCGCUUUCUGGCUUUCUUACCAAUGUAUUGUUUUCAGUGAUGGUAUUUACAUUAGUUGUUAUUGAGGCAUGUGCAAUGUAUCCAGGGGUUCCACAGUGGGGUUUUUUUCUCUCUCUUUCUCUGUGAGUCACCAAAACGGACCUCAAAAUAUCCCCUCCCCCUCAAAAGCCCCAUGCCCCACCUCCCCUAUCCCCCCAUGAUUAUCUUGAUGAUAAUGCUACAACUUAUAUAUAUACACGGUUUGACGCUUGUUCAAACCUUGAAAUGCAACAUGAUAAGGCAAUAACAACCAAUGUAUCGUAACUUAUUUCGAAUCAUAAUUACUGUACAUUUUACACAUUCAAAUGCCGCGGCAGCUUUUUUCAUUCACUAGUAAAGUUUAAUUUUUGCUUUAAUUAUUAUUUUUUUGUUUUUGUUUUCUUGAUAGUCCAAGGCAAUAGUUUGUCAAGAUAGAGCAGAUUGUGAUUUCAAAUGUGGCUUCCCUGGUAACUGAGAGGAAGCGUGUCAUCACUUGACUAAGAUACCUGCGGUUAUAUCUCUAAUAAGACUUACCUCUGAGGCGAGACAUAACCAUAGAAUGUCUUAUUCAAUCGACUCCACAUCUACCUCUGUCCGUUUGCUAAGCCAGAUUAGAAGAAAAGGUCUUUUUAUUAUGCUAGUUGAAUACCUUAGAGUCCCUUGUCCAGAAUGAAAAGAUCUCCUUCAAGGCAUAACAAUACUUGAGGGAUUUAUUAUAACACCACCCUUAAUAACAAAAAAUACUAUACAUAUUUGCCCUUUUGAAACUUAAACUAGGGAAGCCAAGUUGAAUUAUAAUUUCAGUGGUGAUUUUUAUAACAUGUAAAACCUCGCUUACUCCUGUAUGUAAAUAUUCUUUUCAAUUACAGCAGAAGCUCUAAUGAUAAACAAAACAGUUCAUGUCUAAGAGGUUAACAAGUUCAGAUGUUUCCUAUCAGCAGAACACUGUAUUUGAACUAUUGUAUUGAUGACUGGACAAGUAUGUUUAUGUUCGUGUGCCACUCCACAUGUGUCUGUACAUAGAGAACAACUUCGCAAUACAAACUUUACUGAAU